CACGACUCUCUCAUUUCUUCCUUUUAAAAAUGAGUCCCUGCAUAUUUCUAGCCUCGGUCUCCCUUUCUUCAGAAUUUUGUUCCCUGUCCAUUGGCGGCGAAAAAGGAAUGGAGAAGAGGCUGCUGACAUUGGCGGCGGUGUUAUUCGCCAUGGUGGCGGUGGUACCGGAGGAAGUGUCUGCUAAGAGAUGGCUCGUGGGGAAAAUGGGGUGGACUACUCAAGUCAACUACACUCUCUGGGCUCAGGAUCUCCACUUCUACAAUGGCGAUUGGCUCUUUUUCGUGUACGACAGGAACCAGAUGAACGUGCUGGAGGUGAACAAGACGGACUACGAGAGCUGCAAUGCCGACCACCCGCUCAAGAACUGGACCAGAGGAGCUGGAAGAGAUGUGGUUCCACUCAACGUGACGCGAGACUAUUACUUCGUCAGCGGGAGAGGGUUCUGUUUUGGUGGCAUGAAGCUUGCCCUCCGCGUCGAGAACCUGCCGCCUCCGGUACAAAAUGCGUCGCCGGUCAUUAAGACUACUGAUCAUGCUCCUUCAACCAUUCUCUGCCGCCGGCCCGGAGUGCGGCCUGCAGUUUUCGCCAUCGGAGCUCUGUGGGAUUGCAUUAUUGGACUUGUUUUCGACUGAUUCUAUGCAAUGAUUCAAACUAUUGUAUUUUGUAUUUUUAGAUUGAUUGGGCGCAAUCCUUGUGUUUAUUUGUCAUAUUAUUGAGUUUGGAACCCUGAACAAAUUGCCGGUAAUAAAUCCAAGGAAGGUCGGGAUGAUGCCAGACAUUCGAAUCAAUCUCCUUUGAAUUCUCUGGAACCUUUUUCAUUAUGUUUUAAGGUCAAAUGACUACACAAUAUACUAACCAAUGAUGAUUAACUUUUGGAAGUUAAUUUUCGUCGAAACAAUAAGAUCUAUAGAAAAUU